AUGCUACGAUUUCAAAGAUUUGCCUCAGGUUAUGCGCAGGCAAGCAUAUUAAGAAAGUAUCCCGUGGGCGGUAUCAUACACGGAUACGAGAUCAAAAGAGCUGUUCCAGUUCCAGAACUGAAACUUACAGCUGUAGAUCUUAUACAUAAUCAAACAGGUGCCAAGCAUUUACAUAUUGAUAGAGACGAUAAGAAUAAUGUGUUUAGCAUUAGUUUCAAAACCAAUCCUCCAAAUUGUACUGGUGUACCACAUGUUCUUGAACAUACUACUCUAUGCGGCUCAUUAAAAUACCCAGUACGUGAUCCAUUCUUCAAAAUGUUAAAUAGAUCAUUGGCUAAUUUCAUGAAUGCAAUGACUGGUCAUGAUUAUACAUUUUUCCCGUUUUCCACUACAAAUGCCAAAGAUUUCGAAAAUUUAAGAAAUGUGUACUUGGAUGCCACCUUAAAUCCAUUAUUAAAAGCAGAAGAUUUUUAUCAAGAAGGUUGGAGAUUAGAAAAUACAGACGUAAAUGAUCCAAAGAGUGAUCUUACUUUCAAAGGUGUCGUGUAUAAUGAAAUGAAAGGUCAAGUCUCGAACCCAAAUUAUUAUUUCUGGACAAAAUUUCAAGAAAGUAUUUAUCCGUCUUUAAAUAAUUCUGGUGGCGAUCCAACUAAAAUUACAGAUCUAAAAUAUGAAGAUUUACUUGAGUUCCAUCACAAGAACUAUCAUCCUUCUAAUUCUAGAACUUAUACUUAUGGGAAUUUACCUUUGAAUGAUACAUUGAAAAGCUUGCAUGAGAGGUUUAUUGGUUAUGGGAAGAGAGUACAAUCGGCUAAUGUGGCCACACCACAACCACUUUCAAAUAAUAGAGAUAUCAUUAUGGAUGGUCAAUUCGAUUUUAUGUUACCACCAGAAAUACAAUUAAAGACAUCCAUGACCUGGAUGUGUGGGUCACCAGAUGAUUACUAUGAAACUUUCUUACUUAAAAUAUUAGGGAAUUUAUUACUAGACGGUCAUUCUUCUAAAUUUUAUCAGAGAUUGAUUGAAUCUAAUAUAGGUUUGGAUUUUUCAGUCAACACAGGAGUAGAAUCAACAACAGCGUUAAAUUUCUUUACAGUUGGUGUACAAGGUGCAAAGGAUUUGGAUCUGUUCAAGAAAACAGUCCUACAAACUUUCGAAAGUAUAUUAAAUGAAGAUUUUGACAGGAAAAAAAUUGAUGCCAUCAUUCAUCAACUUGAAUUAGGUAAAAAAGAUCAAAAAUCUGAUUUUGGUAUGCAGAUUUUAUAUUCAAUAAUCCCCGGAUGGACAAAUAAUUUAGAUCCUUUGAAUAGUCUAAUGGUUGAUGAAUUAUUAGCAAGGUUUAGAGAAGAUUUAAAGAAAAAUGGCGACAAAAUAUUUAAGAAUCUACUUAACAAAUAUAUAAUUGGGAAACCUUACCACCAAUUCUCUAUGGAGGGAAAGGAGGACUUUUCUAAUAACUUGGAACUAGAAGAAGAAGAAAGGCUACGGUCAAAAGUAGAAACUUUGGACGCAGAGGAUAAGGAUAUCAUUUUCAAACGAGGCCAGGCACUGCAAACAAUGCAACAGAAAAAAGAAGAUGUAUCAUGCUUACCUACUUUAACAAUCGACGAUAUUCCGAGAAAUGGUGAUAGCUAUGAAGUACAAAAGGAUGCUACUAUAAACUACCGUCUUACCGAUACAAAUGAUAUAACAUAUAUUAGAGCUAAAAGAUCUUUGAAUGAUAGCAUCCCCUUAGAGUUAUAUCCAUAUCUUCCACUAUUCGCCGAAUCAUUAACAACUUUGGGAACAACAACUGAAACAUACAGUGAUAUAGAAGAUUCGAUGAGAUUAUAUACAGGGGGUGUUUCAGCAAAUAUAAACGUUUCAUCGAACCCAAUAACAUUGCAACCUCAUUUAUCUUUUGCUUUCGAUGGGUGGGCGUUGAACUCUAAAGCGAAUCAUAUUUUUGACAUAUGGAAAAAACUAUUAAUAGAAACUGACUUUCAAAAGAACAGUGCGAAAAUGAAGACUUUGAUUAAAUCACUGUCUUCAUCCAAUACAUCAUCCGUGGCUGAUUCUGGGCAUUUGUAUGCUCGCGGUUAUGCAUCGGCAGGUUUGAAUACAACAAGCGCAAUUAAUGAAACAUUAUCUGGUAUAAAACAAAUUCAACUAAUAUCAAAAUUGGCAACAUAUAUUGAUGAUGAGGGACUGUUCCAACGUGAGGUGAUCGAUAAAAUGAAUCUGUUGAAAUUAUACAUUAUAAACUCGCGAGGUUUAGAUUUCUUCGUAACUACAGACACUUCAGUCCAGAAUGAAGAAAUGAAGAAAGAAAUUCAGAAAUUUACUGCAGUUCUUCCUUCACAUCCAGUCAGAAAAUUUGACAAAACUUCAGACUGCAAUUUAUUACCGAGAGCUGACGGUGUUCCGACAUUAAUCACAUUCCCCUUCCAGGUUCAUUACACAGCUCAGUGUCUAACUGGUGUACCAUAUACACACGAAGAUGGAGCUCCUUUACAGGUCCUUUCGAAUUUAUUAACUUUCAGACACUUGCAUCGUGAAGUAAGGGAGAAAGGAGGUGCCUAUGGGGGUGGUGCAACAUAUAGUGCUUUGCCUGGUAUUUUUAGCUACUAUUCAUACAGAGACCCACAACCAUUAAGAUCUUUAGAUAUAUUUAAUAAAAGCGCAGAAUAUGUGCUGAAUGGUUCUAAAUGGGUAAAGAAUGAUUUAGAUGAAGCAAAGCUAACUAUAUUCCAACAAAUUGAUGCGCCCACAAGUCCCAAAGGAGAAGGUAUUACUGAGUUUUUUUCAGGCGUAACUGAUGAGAUGAGACAGAAAAGAAGGGAACAAUUGUUGGAUGUUUCAUUGUCGGAUAUUAACAGAGUUGCUGAAAAAUAUUUAUUAUCAAAGAAUAGUUCCGUGGCAGUUGUUGGUCCACUAAUUGAUGGUGAAACAGUUGAGCCGGCUUGGAAUAUUAAGACAUUGUGA